GCUGGCUGGGGAGCGAGCGCCGCUUGGAGCCCAGGGGCCGGCGGUCUGAGCUCCGUGAUCUCGGCCCUGGAUAGGCGGGCGGGGCGGGAUGCGCGCCGCGGGAGCGAGCCUGGCCGUCCUCAGGGCCGCGGAGAAUCUCGCUGGGCACCGAGAUGCGGACACUGAGGUCUAGAGGGCUGGUGUGCAGCAGAGCCAGAUGAGUUCCUGGAAUUCCUUUAGUUAGUAGGGAGACUUGAGUUUGGAUGCUGGCAACCCAGGCAGAGGGAACAGGCCAGGUUCCCAAUAAGGCUGCACAGAGGAACCCGCUGACUGUGGCAAUGGAGGGGGGCCCGGCGGUCUGCUGCCAGGACCCUCGGGCAGAGUUGGUGGAGCGAGUGGCAGCCAUGGAUGUGGCCCACUUGGAGGAGACGGAUGGCAGCCCAGAGCCCACCAGGAACUGUGUGGACCCUUCACCACGGGCCAGAGCUGCCUCCGUGAUCCCCGGUGGUACUUCAAGAUGCCCCGCCGCCCGGCCCGGCCUCUCGGCUAGGAAGUUCUCCCUGCAGGAGCGGCCAGCGGGGAGCUGCCUGGAGGCCCAGGCUGCACCUUACGCCACAGGGCCUGCCAGCCACAUCUCCCCACGGGCAUGGCGCAGGCCCACCAUCGAGUCCCACCAUGUGGCCAUCUCGGACGCAGAGGACUGUGUGCAGCUGAACCAGUACAAGCUGCAGAGUGAGAUUGGCAAGGGUGCCUACGGCGUGGUGAGGCUGGCCUACAACGAAAGUGAAGACAGGCACUAUGCAAUGAAAGUUCUUUCCAAGAAGAAGUUACUGAAGCAGUAUGGCUUUCCACGUCGCCCUCCCCCUAGAGGGACCCAGGCUGCCCAGGCAGGACCAGCCAAGCAGCUGCUGCCCCUGGAGCGGGUGUACCAGGAGAUCGCCAUCCUGAAGAAGCUGGACCACGUGAAUGUGGUCAAGCUGAUCGAGGUCCUGGAUGACCCAGCUGAGGACAAUCUCUAUUUGGUGUUUGACCUCCUGAGAAAGGGGCCGGUCAUGGAAGUGCCCUGCGACAAGCCCUUCCCCGAGGAGCAAGCUCGUCUCUACCUGAGGGACAUCAUCCUGGGUCUUGAGUACUUGCACUACCAGAAGAUCAUCCACAGGGACAUCAAGCCAUCCAACCUGCUCCUGGGGGACGACGGGCACGUGAAGAUCGCCGACUUCGGCGUCAGCAACCAGUUUGAGGGGAACGACGCUCGGCUGUCCAGCACGGCCGGGACCCCAGCGUUCAUGGCCCCCGAGGCCAUUUCUGAGUCCGGCCAGAGCUUCAGUGGGAAGGCCUUGGACGUGUGGGCCACAGGGAUCACGCUGUACUGCUUUGUCUACGGGAAGUGCCCAUUCAUCGAUGAUUUCAUCCUGGCCCUGCACCGCAAGAUCAAGAAUGAGGCCAUCGUGUUCCCGGAGGAGCCAAGGGUCAGCGAAGAGCUCAAGGACUUAAUCCUGAAGAUGCUAGACAAGAACCCUGAAACAAGAAUUGGGGUGCCAGACAUCAAGUCGCAUCCCUGGGUGACCAAGAAUGGGGAGGAACCCCUUCCCUCGGAGGAGGAGCAUUGCACUGUGGUAGAGGUGACGGAGGAGGAGGUGAAGAACUCAGUCAGGCUCAUCCCCAGCUGGACCACAGUGAUCCUGGUUAAGUCCAUGCUGAGAAAGCGUUCCUUUGGGAACCCGUUUGAGCCCCAGGCGCGGAGGGAAGAGCGAUCCAUGUCUGCCCCGGGAAGCUUAUUGUCGAAGGAUGGGUGUGGUGAAGGAGGCAAAAGCCCGGAGCUCCCCGGCGUCCAAGAAGAUGAGGCUGCGUCCUGAGCCCCUGCAUGCGCCCAGGGCCGCCCGGCAGCACGCUCAUCCUGCGCCUCCAAAGGCCCACUGCCCUCAUGCCAACAGCCGCCCCUGCGGGCAGGGGGCUGGGGACUGUGGCCCCUCUCCCGGCCCUCCUCCCCUGUCGUGCUGCAUGACCUCCACAAGUGCGUGUCCAGGGACAGGAUCGGAAUGUGUGUCACCUGGGGUUUGAGGGGGGUAGGGCUCCCACAAAGCCUUUUGUUUCGUCCUCGCUCUCCCUGGCGGGACCCAUUCUUUGGGGAAGCUGGGUGCCCGUGGUGCCUUAGAAACCUCACCGGCUGGUUGGCAAGGCCCAGGGGCAGGAGGCAGGAAACCAAGAUGACAGGUGGAAGCCUCGUUUGCUACCACCGCAGAGGCCGGGUGGGCGUGGCUCAGCCGCCACCUGCACAAGGAGGGGUGUACCCUGCCCUCCUCAGGGGGGCGCUGCCAGAGCUCUUGUCUACUGAGAACACUGACGUGGAGGCUCUGAGCCCUUGGUGGGUGUUCCUGGGCCUCACGGGGGCGGGGGCCAGUAUUGGAGAAUCCAGGUUCCUCUUUCGUUAUCUUUUUUUUGGUAACUUGAUGGGGGAGGUAGGUGCAAAGCUCUGCCUGGGAACACGUAUCGAGCUUUCCUCCAGCUUUGGGUGGUUCCCAGCGUACCCACCAUCACUUGGCAGCCAAGUGGAUUGGACUGGCCUUCCCGGAUUGUGUUUCACACUCUGGAGGAUGGGCUGAGUGAGGCUUUGAGCAGAGGCCCGAACCAGGAACACCAGCCUUCCCUGCCCGCCUCCCUCCCUCCCCCCGUGGCUCCCCAGAGCCCUGGCUGCCAGAGAUACCAGGGCUGACAUGGACCGAGGGCCCUGGACUCACAGGGCUGUGACCUUGCAGAUGCUGGAGUAACUGAAAUCCAGGCUGCGAUCCAGCACCGGCCUCCCCAUCUGGUCCUGGAAGCUGCCCUCGCGUUCCAAUGAUGAAGGACCAAGUGCCCAGGUUGGAGGCCUCGCUAGAGCUGGAACCCUGGUGGGGUGUGCGCGCUGGCAGGGGGCCACGGAGAGGUGGGCCUUCUGUCGCUGGCUCACCCCAGAACAGUUGUCAUCCCACCUGCUCAGAGCUGGAGCCGACUUCUCUCUGGGAUCAGUGCCUGGCUUGCUGGCUUGGCCUUGACUGACCAAAUGCUGAAGAGACUGGCCCCCAAAGGAAAAUGAAGCAGGACUCACAUACCUGCCCUGAAGACAUGGGCCAGACAAGGGAUUUCAGUCACCCUCACAGGGCUCCUGUUGCAGGAGAACUCUGUUCGGAAGGGAAGGAGGUGGGGCUGGAGGAAGGCUGCAUCUCGCGUGUGUCUGUGCCUGUGGGUGUACAUCGCCUCUCCAUGCACGCACGCCCGUGCGUGCCCGUCUGCUGCACACAGCAUGUCUUGCACCAGCACGUGCAUCUGUAAUAUAGCGUCUAUGUUUAUUUAAGGCUCUGAGCAGAACGCGGCCAGUUGUCACCGGGUCCACAUGUCUCCCUGCUCCUCUGCACUAAGGCAUUGUAACCCAGGGCUUAAACGAUAAUUCGGUACUGUUCUUAAGAACACUUUUUAUAGAGUUCAUGGGAGGCCAUUCACGGAUCAGCAGGUUUUCCCUGAGCAUCUCUGUGCUGGGGCCUUGGAGGGUAGGGGUUUCAGGGACACGCUCCCCCCUCGCAGAGCUCCAAGGUGGGCCCGGCUUCAUUGCCCAUGCUCACCCCAUCACUGAGGGUUUGGACUGGCAUCAUUGUUUCUGAAUGUAGCACAAGGGAUGGACAGACUCCAUAAGAGUGUUUUAAAAAUUAACUUCCUAGGAAGUGAGUUAAAAACAAUAAAAGCCCUUUCCUGAGUUAAAACAAAACAACCCCCCAAAGCUUGGUAUAUGUACCUUUUCUGCAUCUGGGUGUGGCUUUGCUAACUUUUCUGCAGGGGUCUGAGUAGGGCAAUAGU